AUGGGUUCCGUGGGCCAGGACGGAUUCGCUGAGCAUCUUCUGCACUUUUCCCUACUGCCCACUCCAUUGCUCACCAACAACCGUUCAAAACAAGCGCGUCAGUUCGUUCCAGCCAAUUUCCGUUCGUUCGCGGCGAUUGAGAACUUGCAGAAGCUUCAAUCUCUACUAUUCUCCAAAAGUCAAAGAGAAUCAACAUCCGUGAAUGAGUGUCACUAAUUAUAUUAAUUGUUUGGAGCUCGACGUAUUUUCGGGUGUUCGGCACGCUUUUUCCGACCUCCUUCCUUUUUUUUCCCGACAAAGGAGAGAUAGGCAAAAAAGAGACAUUUGCUAAAAAACAAGCACAAACCAAAUUUGGCUAGAUUGCGUUUUUACCAUUCGUUUUAGGAAGAAUGCCGAGAAAAAAUAAAAAUAAGCAGAAUCUCACUAAGUGGUGACUCAAAAUAAAUCUUAUGCUUUAUAGGUUAUUGAAGUAGUUAGUUGGUUAACAAGGCCCUAUUUCUUUUCUUCUUUUUUGCAAGCUGUUGAGAAAUAUUUCUAGCAUCGUAUAUUCGAUUCUAUGGAAACUCGAGUUCUGAUUGGUUAUUUUCACAGCUCUGGAACUGAACGGUUUUUUUUUCUCAGUUCUAUGUAAUUUAUGCGUUUGUUCUUCUGGUCUUCUUUUUUAAUCAUACUUCUUCAAUGUCCGGCGAACCACAAAAUAAGAGAAUACGGGCUGAUUUAUUGAAGCUUCAUUGGUAAAGGCGUUUGCGGAAACGGCAUGUUCGGUUUAGAGUGUAAGGUAGGUCGUGGCGCUUAGAGGAUCGAAAAAAAGAUGAGAAGAAGCGACGUCUCUCAGAAGGCGAAUUUUGAAGUUGCGCUGAGGCAAACCUAAUUUUGCGACGUUAUUUUUUGAGUCUGAAAUCUUCGUGGCUGUAUUCGCCAGCUUUUUUCUGCGAUGCUCAGCAAUUUUCCUUGCUGCUUGUACUUAUUCGACAGCGAUCAUUUUCAAACUUUUAUUUCCUCGUUUAGAAAACAACGGCUGCAAAACAAGGUCUUCAAGGCUCACACUUUUCGAGAAAAGACGCGGCAUUUGUCGAUCUUCGCUUUGGAAAGCAGCUGAUUACCCCUUACUUCGAACCUUCCCUUUCUUUUGUUAUUAUAUCGGCAUUGACACUUGUGCACUGAUAGGAGUUGUCUGAACUAAGCUAUUUUCAAGUUCGCCACUCGGAAAACAACUAUUGGAGUGCAAGUUCGAGUGUGCGGUGCGACUGAAAAAUUUGUUGUUUCCGAUGUCCAAUUGGCCUCGAGGCUUUGCCUGGCUCCUUCAUUUACUCCGACUUUCCAUGUCGCAUUGAACUCUUCACACAGAACCAGCAAGCCAAAUGGAAAAGAAGGAAGUUUGAAGACUCUUCUCGUGGAGCUCAACUCCGAAGAGGCGUGGAUGUCGUUUCCUGAAGUCUCCUCGUCAUUUGCCUCACAAGGAAAAAACGUGCCCUCUACCUAACCACUUCGAAAUGAGAUAGUUAAAUCUGAUUUGUCUCUCCAAAACGGUGUCGGCGUAUAAAUUAGGUCUAUUUUCUCCUUCAAAUCUUUUCCGUCGCUUACUAAUCCCAUUAUUUUUUUUUUGCUCAAUAGAACAGAAGUAUUUUUUUUUUCAAAUCUAGUAACCAAAAUUAUUGAAAAUGAGCAACAUCUUUGUUCUUUUCCAUAUUGCUUUUGCUUCUGUGAAAGAGUCAUUCUUGAUGUUUUUUAAAUCAUGAAAGUUUCUUUUUGGUGUUUAAAAAAAGUUUACUUUCAAAAAAAUUUGUUUUUACAUAGCUUGGAAAAUAUUUUUUUGGGGAUAAAUUCAACCAGAUAUUUUUUUCUUAUUUAUCUUCGCUAUUUCUAUAUAAUUAUUUUUUUAAUAGGCAUUGCUCUAUGGUCUGUUCCAAUGGCAAUUUGGACGCCCAACUUUGUAAUUUGUGCUCUCCAGCAACUAAUUGAAUCCUUAUUAAAGAUACAAACCUACUUCAUUAGCCCAUCGAUUUUUUCGAACCAAUUUUCGGCUUGAAACUAACUUCUGCUGCGGCAGUAUGAUCAAUGCACACUUUCUGAUCCGGUUCAAAAUCAAAAUCCACUGCCUUUUAGUUUUUCAAGGUUUUAAUUAAUUCCCCAACGGCCCGGACCAUUGUGAAGCAGACGGCCUUUCCGAAGGCCGACGUCACUGGCUUUGUCCCGCCCACUCCGUUGUCUGCACAGCUUCAUUUCCUCGCUUCUCGUCUUUUACUGUUUUACGUUCCCCGGUUCAUUGGCUGAAAGGAAGUGCAUUGCACUAUUAAAGAAAUGUAUGGCCUGAUAUUUAGUUUUUGCCUUUUUAACUAAGUCUUUAAAAAACGCGCCUCUUGGUUUGAGAAGUAGUCAUUAAAGUUUUCCCUACUAACUGCUUAGAAAAUUUGGUUUUUCGAGACCUAUCCAAAAGUCUAUCAAUCAUGUUUAGUUUUUUUAACGAGCAAGGUUCCAGAUGUCACUUCUUAAAACUCAAAGCUGUGAAGAUCCAUAUGUUUGAAAUAUUACUCGAAAAGUUUGUUUACAGCGAUCUCAGUGUAUUCAGCUCUUUUCAAUUAAAAAGAGUUGAUUUUUUGUUCAUUUUAUUUGCUCUCAAAUAUCAGAAGGUUUUCAGCAAUCGAAUCGUAGCUUUUUAUGUGGUCAUUCUAUUUUUUAUCAUCCGCCUUAAAGUAAAAAGCGCACCAAUAAAUUUUAAAUUGACUUAUUCAAGUGGAAUACUCCUUCAUCAUUACGUCUUCCCAUUUCUAAUUAUCUUUGCAAACUCUGCUCUGAAGCUUCCAUUUUUGUUUUCGAAAAGCUGUUGCCCAUUUAUAGGAAUGAACAAAAAGGCUCUACCCAUAAAUAUGGAGAAAUUGGAUUUUCCAUCAAAUUGACGAUUUUUUUCUGGAUAAUGAGUCUUCUGGUGAAUAUAUUUUUCUGCUCUUUUCUGUAUUUCGAAGAGAUUAGAAAAAAAAACAGUGAGAAGUCAAAUCGGUUGGGUUUCAAACCUUUUUAGGGAUCAUGAAGUCUUGUAGGGAUGAAAAAACUAUGAGGAACUCGUGUAUAGCCGAGCUAGGUUCUUCUUUCUGUUCUUGUGUCUGCUAUUGUUUUUCGUUUUAUCCAUAUUUUUUCGAACAAAUUCUGUCAUUUUUCAAUUGCAUAAUUUUCUGCAUUAAUAAUAGGGAAGAUUUUGAUUUAUAAACUUUCUUAUCAAUCCAGAAACAAAAUUCAAUCUUGUUCGUAAUAUUUGAAAAGUCGGAAGAAGAAAUAUAUCAAAUAUAUAAGUUUGAAAUGUUCGAAAAAGAGAGUCGUUUUGGGUCUAAAUAAUGUACAAUUUGAGAGGGCUUCCCAUCGUUAGCCUUCCCUCUCUUUGCUCCGAAUAUUAAGAGUAAAUAAAUAUAAUAUUUUGCGUAAUCUGUUUAGCGCAUAAUAUAUGUCAGGAGAAGUGAAUAAACUACAAAGAUCGAAUAUAAUGUGUCCUUUGGAAAACAAAAAGUACAAGUUUCGGGUUAUCUUAUUGAUUCAUAAAUCUAUCAAACUACGAACGCUUUUCUCACGUCGUAAUUCAUCGACUUUUCUUCGUUUUCCCAAGUUUCGCGGCUCUUCGAGGCUUUCGAGAAAUUGCAGAAAAUUUUUUGCAGCGGGAUGGCGGCGGCCAACGCCGCGCUCCACGGAUCCUGAACGACGAGAUGGAGAGCAACGUGACGGAAGAACCGGUCGACUGCGGUCUUCAGCCUCACGACUUUCUCGAGGUGGGCUCGAUCUUCACCUUGCACAUUCGCUACUACUUUGACUUAACUCCUGGCUUUCGCAAAUACGAUAAGUUGAGAAAUCUGGGGUUAUGUGGAGAACGAUGCUGAAGGUUUUUUUCAAGUACACUUCAGGCUGUUUCGAAUAGAUUCACUUCUCAUUUCUCAAUCCACCAUUGUUUUUCAUACAAAUAUAAAUGUCGAAAAUCUGGAAAAGGAAGGAAAAAAAAACGAACUUUCAACAUGUCAACUACACGCUCCAAUUUGUCAAUGACGGCGUUAAUAUAGAAAUAAAAACGUUUCCGCCUAACCUAAUUAAUAAACGCCUCCAGCAACAAGAAAUAUUUUUUUUCGAAUUGAUGACUCUUACACUUAUUUUUUUAGCCCGUCGGAAGUCUCACCUUCCGGCAUUUGAUUUGAAAGAGCGAGUCAGCAACUUUCAAAGCCAAUCCGAAAAUUUUCUCAUUUCCGACUAUAUAUUGCAGACGUCUCGUCUUGAGGGCAGGAUGUUGUUCAAACUCAAUAUGCCCUCUUACUCAUCUUUCUUUGAGCUUUUUUGCUUAAACAUUUCUCACGAUUAUCUGAUCUUUGAGAAAUAAAAGACAAAUGUUGAACCACAACUUUCAAAAGUUUCAUCAAAAUGUACUAAUAGGCAACUAUUUUUAGGUCAAAUUCUUUCUGAUCAGCGUCGUCGGCACGCUGAUCGGACUGUUCGGCUUGUUCGGAAAUGCCACCACUGCCCUCAUUCUCACGAGGUGAUUUCUCUCUUAUUUCUGAUUAUUCUGACUUCACAGCUUGGGUUUGACGAAAAUAAGUGAUUUUUCAUCGUGUUAUGUGUUCCCACGGGUCUGUUGGAGCUCAAGAGAAGUGGCUGGCAAUCUUCUUUUUCUUCUUUGAACUGCAAAAUUUUUUCUUGCUUCAGUUAUUUUGUGGACCACGGAAAAAAAAGUUUUCAAGACCAAAUAUAAUCCUUCUUGAGGUUUUUAAGCUUGAGAGGCAGCCACUCGCAAAGUUUGAAGCACGCUCUUUGAGCCGCGUUCUUUUUAAGCCGAGUUUUUUCGACAUGAAAGGAGUUUGCGAACUCUCUGACGCGUUCAGAACUCUGCUCAGUUCACCGGAAAAAGUUGAGUUAAGGGAAGAAGUUGACUCUGUUCUAAUUGAAAAACGAACCUCAGAUCGAAAGCCGAAAGAUACUUGAAAUGCUUCUUUAACUCGAAGGUCGUUUGUAAAAUGUGGAUAAAAGUGCAUUUAGUGAACACAAUGAUAUCGAAAAUUUUUACCAGUGGAGCUUGUAAGAGUUUUUUGUUUAUAAAUGCAUAUCGGCACAAGUUGAAGUUACUUUUGAGAAUAUGGAAAAAGACGAAAGGUCAUUUAAAUUGUUUGAAAACUAAGCUCUUCAAAAAGCACCGAAAAAUAGCAACAGAUUAUUUUUUUUUCAUUCAGGCGAUUCUUUUUUCUGUACAAGUUUUUUUUAUCCAAAAUAUGAGGUUGGUGCUUUUGGCAACACGAAGGAGUUGCAGACCGUCGAUGAGAAACCCGAACAACUUGUUCCUGACCGCCCUGGCCGUUUUCGAUUCUUGUCUGCUCAUCACCGCCUUCUUCAUUUACGCCAUGGAGUACAUUAUCGAGUACACCAAAGAUUUCGAACUCUACGUAGCCUGGCUCACAUAUCUCAGGUUCCUUUUUUCAGCAAAUAGUCAAAACAAAUAUUAUUUUAUACUGUAAUCAAUUGUAACAUAUAUUUAUCCUCAGGGUAAAACAAAUUGAAGGCUAGGCAGUUUUGAAUCAACCUCACUGUGGAGUUCAUACUUAAUUCACAGUUAUCUUGGGACAAAGAAUAUUUUGGAGACGUAUAAACCUAGUCUUUUUGCACAGUGUUUCGCGAGUUAUAUAGAACUCUGUUAAGUGUAAUUUCAACCCAGAGAACGAAGUAAUAAAUUUGAAGGAAUUUGAAUAGGAUUUUUGACUUGAAUCAAACGCAAAUUUACACGACAAGAGGUGAUUGGAAAUUUGAAUAUGACCUUGGGAAAAUUAUAGAGAAAGAAUAGGAAUCUUUAUUUCUUCUAAUUUAAUUAAAAUUAAGUUAUAAUAAGAAUUGAAAUCAUCCAACGGAAAUUUACUAUUCAAGUACAGUGAAAAGAACAAAGAAAAUAAAGUUGAGGCUAUAAAAUAUCGAGACGCUGAGACUGUAAAUGAAUAGUAAUCAAGAACGUUUUUUUUUUCUCGGUUGGGUUCUGUACCGAACAAAAUGAUCUUUGAUGUUUCUUAUUUUCAAUAGUCCAUCGGUUCCAAAUAAACGUCACGACCACUUUUCUCCGUAACAACUUUAUCUACCGUGGAAAAAAAGUACAUACGGCAAAAAAUCUAAUUUCCUACGCCGUUUUCAAAUUGGUUUCGCAGGUUUUUGACCGGCUCUCCUUUUGAAGAAUGUUUCUUAAAAGAGUGUGCUCUUUUUUGAAAUCUUUCGAAAUUGGUUUAGAACUACAAAUUUACAACUAUAGGACCGACGGGAGAGUUUUGGAUAGACCAAAAAUAGGAAAAAAUGUUGUAGAUUUGCGUUCGCCUUGUCGCACAUCUCGCAGACGGGCAGCGUCUACAUUACUGUCGCCGUCACAAUCGAGCGCUAUUUCGCCGUUUGCCACGCAAGGACCAGCAAGAUUAUGUGCGGAUCUGGUGCGUUUCCCGUCAAAAUAAUUAUCUUCGCAAUUUACUUAUUUUCAUUUCUUGAAAAAAUAAAGCUUGUUGAACAAUUUUAUAGGAGGAGCCGCGUGGACUAUCCUUGGCGUGACCACUUUUUCCGUUUUGUUCAACUGUACAAAAUUUUUCGAACUGCAAGUGAGUUGUUUGGAUAAGUUCUGAAUUGAAAAACGCUUCUCAAAAACAGCCCCAUAUCCAGUUUUUCCAGAAGUUUCUAACAAGCAAGGUCAUUUACUUUGCGGUUAGGAUUCUCUUAAAAGUUGCUCAGAACACUCCGUGAUGUACUGUAUAAUGUUAUCGAAAGAUCCAACUUGUAAAAUUUUCUACUUGCUAAAAAAGUACACGUCAUAGUUGAAGAAAACUCGAAUUCCGUAAAAAUAGGCCAUUUUAGAGAUUCGAUCCCUUAAUUUUCUAAAACUAGCAAGUUUUACAGACUAAGACUUCCAAAAUGUUCUUCUGAUAUUUCGAGGAAUGUUCUGGCCAAUUUUUAGGGAAAAAUUUCAAUUCCCAAGUUCAAAGUAAAGUUACCUUCCCUGCCAGCCAGUCAAUUAUUUCUAUAUUUUUUAAAUUAUUUCGAUGAUUGGUUCUUGAAGGUGACGAUAAACCCGGACUGUCCUGACGGCAAAGACUGGCAGUCGUACAUCCUGCUGCCGUCGACCAUGGCGAGCAAUCCGAUCUACCAGCAGGUCUACUCUCUGUGGGUCACCAACGUCGUCAUGGUCUUCUUCCCGUUCCUCACCCUUUUUCUCUUCAAUUCCAUCAUCGCCUACACGAUUCGUCGCAGCCUCGAGAAAUAUGAUUUCCACAACCAAAAGUAGGUUUCAUUUGUCUCAUAAUCUGAAGUUUUGUGAUCGUUUGGAAGAAAAAGUGAUAAAUGAGCUGUAGUCUGCCAAAAUCAGCGGAAAUUGCAUUCUUUUUUUUUUGCAAAUACUUUCUCAUAAAAUUUUCUUUUAUCAUGAAUCAGACUGUUCACUUCUAUGCAAAGAGAAGCUUCUUAUGUUGAAAAAAUAGUAAAUUUUAAUCGUAAUAAGUUUGCACCCGGCUGCUUGGCACGCCUUGAAACCAGUAUGCGAUCAUUGCAAAUCAACUUCUCUUGACUCCCCUGCUUCUCUUUGAGUUCUUCUUCAUCCCAAAGAUAAACUCCCCGCAGUUUCGUGAUUUUCAGAAGUAUUGCUGCCGCACUAUCGACCAGUGCGCAUUUGACGCGAGAAAUCGCGAGGUUCGGGUUUUUUUUCAGAGUAUUUUAUACUGUCUAACGGACUCACACCACUGUUUCACUUCUAACACACCAUAACCACAAAUUUUUGUGUCUCGUGCCUCUUGUCGUUCCGGCUGCUCUCACCUCAGCAACUCUUUUUCUUUCCAUGGACGUCUCGGCUGCAAGUUCACAGUUUUCCUAAGGCUGAUCACCUCGUGAAUGGCAUCUAAUGGCAUGAGCCUUCGUUGUCUGAGUCGCUUCCGUCUGGUUCCUAUGGACGUCUCCCCAAGUUUUUUUGUCCUUAAGUUUUUCGACCGCACACGGAAGUUCUUUCUCCAAACCGAAUAGUCGAUAGAAUUCCACUCAAAUUAAUUUUAGCCUCCUGCCAAACAACGACAAGAUAUUUUCAAGAACUUUCUGGAGUGCAUCCUCUAAAUUUCUUUCCGAUUUUUUUAUAUUCACUCAAGGAAAUAGGGGAAUUCGGGAAGCUGGAAAAGUCUAUCUUGAACGUUUAUAACGGAUAAAAUUGAAUGACCUUUGUUUUUUCUUUUGGAAAGUUGUUUUUAGGGAAACUUAUUUUGAAGAAAAAAAAUUGGAACAAAAAGGAUGAGCCAUUGACGAACUUGGCUCUAUUCUGAAUGUUUCUUUGAACAAAUCAUUCUUGAGAUUUUAAAUUUUUUAUAAUCAAAAAUGAACUUCACUCACGUAUUUUGCAUACGUCAUUCUACGUUUAAAUAGAAUGUGUGCUUGUGUGCUUUUUGUCCAUGAAAACUUUUUUAGAAGGAAAACCAAUAAUCUCGUGAAUUUGUUAUUUUGCUAGUUUUGCGAUUGAAAUGUUUCUCAGCUGGGAAAAGACAGAAAGAACCGAAAAACUGAGGAAGAAGCAGAAAAUUUUUCGAAGGCUGUCUUUUGUUGGCUGAAAAGUCGAGUCUCAACCACCUAUGUAUAUUCAGUAAAACGCUAAAACUCGUAAAAGGAAUUGAAAAAAGCUGGAGUUUUCCAGAAUUUCCAACCGCAACGAGCUCAAGGAAAAAAGCAGAGAGGCGACAUUGGUUCUCGUCAUUAUCGUCUGCAUUUUUCUCGGCUGCAACUUUUGGGGAUUCGUCCUAACCCUGCUCGAGCGGAUCGUCGGGCAGGAAACCUUGGUCAGUUUUUUGAAGUCAAUGUAGUUUUUUAUGCACAUUAAGAAUUUAUUUAGAUGGUGGAACAUAAAAUAUUUUACACUUUUUCGCGAGAGGCUAUAAACUUUCUGGCCAUCAUCAAUUCAUCCAUCAAUUUCGUCAUUUAUCUUCUUUUUGGUCGCGAUUUUCGGUGAGUUUAUCAAUUUUAUUGGUAAUGAUUCCAGUAAGGCACCUGGAGAAAUCAAAAUUUUCACAAAAUCUAUAGACUUAAUCGACGGUGAACAAGAACUUUUGAAGCUAUAACGAACAACCGCAUUUCGCGAACUUGAAGUCGAAACGUGUAGUCGAAAGAGUAAAAAGCAUGGUCUUACGGUCCUUCUACUUUUUCUUCUGCGCGUAAAUCAUUCAGUUACGCUUUGGCGAGCUCAGAAUACAGCGAAUCUUGAAGCUGGAGCCCGGAGACCGUGCUCUAGGUGGAUGCCUCGGACUGAGAGCAGCCACUUCAAGUUGAGGUUUUAAACGGCUUAGGUAUCUUCUAACUACUCUGAUUGCAUCUGGAAGUAUUGUUUUUCACAAUGAAUUAAUGGACUUGUAUCGAUGAGCCUUGUGUCAUAAUAGCAAACUGGCGCGAAACCCUAGGGCGAAUUUUCAGCAUAAAUCGGGGUUAAAUCGAACCUAGGCUGAAUUGGAAAGUUCAAAACGAUACUUCAAACUACUACGUGCUCAAAACGUUUCUGAGACUUCAAAAUUAAUAAUAACAAUAAAUGAGGCUGCAUUUUCACAGAAAAGAGCUGGUGGUGGUUUACGGCUGCGGAAUGCGCGGCAUCACACUCAAACUCCCCGUGCAGGACAAGUUUAGCAUCUGGCGCCACUGGACCAAACGUAGCAAAAAUAUUCGUCGCUCUAUAAGCGUCAGCACUCGCUCAGUUAGGCACAAAGUGAGUUUGGCAGGUCUUGAACAAGAAGAAAAACGCAACGUGGAAAAAUGAUCUUUACUGAGUCGAAAGUCGUUGAAAAGCAGAAAUAAGUUUUGCAGUUGUCGCUUCCUGCGAACGUCGUGGAAAGGACAUCGCUGGAAGGUCUCGAGCAAACGCGUUUUCUGGCCACUCACGACGAAAACUUGCGGACCCAAGUUUCGCCGAUUCACGCGCUGCGAAACGGUAAUUUUGGAAAAAUCUCUAACUGAAUUGAAUAAAAAUUCUCCAGGAAGUCUUUCGAUGUCGGCCGAGGUGAACUCUUUCGCGACAAGAGCCACACUUCUCGAAAAUGGCAAGACUUUCUGCAGCCUCGCUAAUGAAAUACGCUGCUGA